UGCUUCUUCAAUGCCCUGACAGAUACGUAUCACGGUGUCAUUAAAUCCUAUAUAAGAUUCGAACAAACAAGCUAAUCAUUCUUAGGAAAGUCUCGCACUUAGCAGUUGCCACCAUGCUCCUCGUCGGCGUGCUCCUGCUGCUCUUCUUCAACCUACAUCUCCCCACCACGUCCGCCAUUGACACCCUCACCCUAGGCCAAUCUCUCCUGUGGAACCAGACGCUGGUCUCCAAUGGCGGCAACUUCGAGCUCGGCCUCUUCUCGCCGGGAAAGUCCAACAAACAUUACCUUGGCAUCUGGUACAAGAAGAUCCCCAAGAAGACGGUUGUUUGGGUGGCCAACCGGGAGCAACCGAUCCUCGAGCCGUCGAGCUGCCACCUCGAGCUAAGCGUCCACGGCGAUCUGAGGCUGUUCGCGACGGCGCCGUCGAACACCUUGCUGUGGUCGUCGAACGCGUCUUUGUUUUUCUCCCCGUCGCCUCCUCCGCGCACCACCGUCGCCGUGCUCCAGGACGACGGCAACCUCGUGGUGAAGAGAAACGCGACGCUGUCGUCGUCGGCGGCGGCGCCGACGCACGUGGCGUGGCAGAGCUUUGAUCACCCGACUGACACAUGGCUCCCCGGAGCAAGGCUCGGCUACGACAGGGGCCGCGGCGUCCACAGCUUCCUCACGUCGUGGACGGACUCCGAGGACCCGGCGCCCGGCGCGUUCUCCAUGGUGAUCGACGCGCGCGGGCUGGCCAGGUUCGACCUGCUCGCCGGCGGCGAGCACCGGUACUGGACGACCGGCCUCUGGGACGGCGAGAUAUUCGCGAACGUGCCGGAGAUGCGGUCCGGCUACUUCAUCGGCGUCCCCUACGCGCCGAACGCCAGCAUCAACUUCUUCAGCUACCGCGACCGGAUACCGGGCGCCGCCGUCGGCAACUUCAUGCUGGACGUCAACGGGCAGAUGCGGCGGCGGCAGUGGAGCAAGACGGCGGGGGAAUGGAUCCUCUUCUGCUCGGAGCCCCACGACGCGUGCGACGUCCACGGCUCGUGCGGGCCCUUCGGCGUCUGCAGCAACGGCACCAACCCGGCGUGCCGGUGCCCCGCCGGCUUCGAGCCCCGGUCGUCGGAGGAGUGGAGUCUGCAGAACGCCGCCUCCGGCUGUGCUAGGCGGCACCCUCUCGAGUGUUACGGAGACGGGUUCCUGGCGCUGCCGAACACCGUGCGGCUCCCGAACGGCUCGGCGGAGGCGCCGGCCGGAGCCAGGAACGACAAGGCGUGCGCGCACACCUGCUUGGUCGACUGCGCAUGCACGGCCUACGUUUACGACGGAGCGAAGUGCCUCGUCUGGAACGGCGAGCUCGUCAACAUGAAAACCUUGGUCGAUGGCCAAGGCGACGGCGGCCUCGCCGGAGCGACGCUUCACCUCCGCGUCGCCAGCUCGGAGGUUCCGCCGUCGUCGCUGGAGCACUCGUGGAGGAAAUCGAUGGUGAUCCUCGGGAGCGUCGCGGCGGCGGUGGUCGUGCUCCUGGCGAGCGUCGUGACAGUGGUGGCCGUGGCGGCGGUGCUGCGGAUGCGGCGGCGGAGGGGCAAGGUGACGGCGGUGCAGGGGUCGCUGCUGCUGCUCGACUACCGUGCCGUGAGGACCGCGACGGGGGACUUCUCCGAGAAGCUCGGGAGCGGGAGCUUCGGCACGGUGUUCAAGGGCGCGCUGCCGGACGGGACGCCCGUGGCCGUCAAGAAGCUCGACGGCCUCCGGCAAGGCGAGAAGCAGUUCCGGACGGAGGUGGUCACGCUCGGCACGAUCCAGCACGUCAACCUCGUCCGCCUCCGGGGCUUCUGCUGCGAGGGGAACAAGAGGGCGCUCGUGUACGACUACAUGGCCAAUGGCUCCCUGGACGAUCACCUGUUCAAUGGCGGCCCCGGCUCAGACUCCAAGCGGCAGGUGACCUUGAGUUGGAAGCAACGGUACGACGUCGCCGUCGGCGUGGCAAGGGGCUUGGCUUACCUGCACGAGAAGUGCCGGGAGUGCAUCAUACACUGCGACGUCAAGCCGGAGAACAUCCUCCUCGACCAGGAUAUGUCGGCAAGGCUCGCCGACUUCGGCAUGGCGAAGCUCGUCGGCCGCGACUUCAGCAGCGUCCUGACCACCAUGCGGGGCACGGUGGGGUACCUCGCGCCGGAGUGGCUCGCCGGCGCGCCGAUCACCGCCAAGGCCGACGUGUACAGCUUCGGCCUCCUGCUGUUCGAGCUCGUCUCCGGCCGGCGGAACAACGCCGCCUCGUCGUCUUCGGAGGAGGGCGGCUCCGGGAUUUACUUCCCGGUGCAUGCCGCUGUCAAGCUGAAUGAAGGCGACGUGGCCGGGCUGGUCGACGAGAGGGUGGCCAAGGACGCCGACGUGAAGGAGGUCGAGAGACUCUGCAAGGUUGCGGGCUGGUGCAUCCAGGACGAGGAAGGCGACCGCCCGGCCAUGGGGCUCGUCGCACAGCAGCUCGAAGGCAUCGCCGACGUGAUGUUGCCGCCCAUCCCAUCCCGGCUUCAUAUCCUGGCAAUUGAGAAUGAAUGGGUCAGAGGUGCUGCAGAGGAUGAGCACUGCUCAAAGAGCGGAAGCGAACCAGCAGCAGAAGCAAUAGAAGAAUGUACAUGUGAAAAUUCUGGGAGCAAAGACCAUCCUACAACUCGGUGAAGUCGUGAAGAUACAGCAUCAGAUAUGAAAAUGAAGUGGUAACGUUAGCAUAGUUGACAUUCUACGUGUGCGCAUCAGUAUAAUGGUCAGGAUGUUAUAGCCAGUACUGUACUGCUAGUCUGCAACUGUUCUGUAAAUUCCAUCAUUA